CGACGAUGCUGGCGUUGGAGUCGACAAGAGCGACAGAUCCAGGGACGCAGCAUGUUAACGAAGGAAUAUAAUUACAUUAGAGUGGACAAUAGAGUGGACAAUAGAAGAGGUAAUAGAAGAGUCGUCGUCGAGAGAGGAAUGUAGAAAAGAAUGAAGGAAGAUGAAGACGAAAACGAAGAUGAAGCUGAAGACAACCGACAACCCGAGAAAAAAUCUUGGCAACUUUUCUUUUGACUUCAUUUCAUCAUCUCGACUUCCGUCUUGCCUUCGUUGACUUGCCAACUUCCAUCCAUUGCCCGCAUCAUGGCCCUGUACCAGCGACUCUCCGUGUCUCUGUUGGCCGGCGCCGUGGCUUUCUAUCCCGGGACUGCCAUGGCCGAGGAGCCCAGAAAACCUAUCUACGAUGACUUCCCCGCCGAACCCUCCGUCGCUCUCAUCCCGUCCGCUUCUACUCCCAGCACGGCCGCUACGACCACCACCACCACCACCACCACCCCCCCGACUGCCGCACCAACCACACCGAAAUCAUCUUCUUCGCCCACACCAACCGAUAUCCUAACCGCCCAGGUGCGUCAGGCCCGCCUCUUCCUCUACCAGCAGUCGCGCACCGCCGAAAUCUGCUUCAACGACAUUCUCUCGCGUGCCCUCCACGUCGAGAAUGCCUUUACCAAGACCAUUGCCUCGUUGGCCCCCUCCCCCGAAUCCGGCGAGCAGCUGCUCCCCGGUGGCAUCUACGUCGUCGUUGCGGCUAUGGCUGGCUCCAUCGUUGCCCGUAACCGUGGUCGCCUGCUGCGCUCCGCUACCCCUCUGGCCUUUGGUACCGUUGCCGCUUGGUCGCUGCUCCCCGUGACGAUGCGGAACGUCUCCGAUUUGAUCUGGGAGUACGAGAAGCGCGUGCCUGCCGUGGCCGAUCAGCAUCUGCUUCUCCGCGAGAAGGCCGAGUAUAUCUGGUACACGGGUGUGGCUCAUAGCGGCAUGGCUCGUGCGAGAAUGGAGGAGAAGAUCGGAGAGGCACGGAAGAAGCUCGAGGAGGUGGUGAGCAAGGGCCAUUAAGCUCUUUUUCUCUCUGUCUACGCUCACUUUUCCACUGGUUGUAUGUUUUGUUUGGUCUAUAUUCUGAUAGCCGUUUGGGACACUGUCCUAUAUUGCAUAUGUAUCUGUAACAGAGGGUUUUUUUUUUUUUUAAACCGAAGAUCCAGUUUCUAGACAUUACUUUUCCUUUUUUUUUCCCCCUUCCCCCGC